GAUUCUUUAUUUUAACAUGCAUCAGUUCAGUGUCUCUGACAGUUGACAGCUGAGAAAGGGACAGAGAGAGAGAGAAGCACGAUGGCUGAAUUCAAAUGGAUUAAAAUGUCUUUAUUUGGGAUACUGUUUCAGUUUACAGCUGUUACUGGAACUUCCCUCUCCACUGUCAGAGAUGGUGAUGAUGUCACUUUGACUUGUGAUGGUCAGGUUAACUGUGAGUGGACUAGCUGGUUCUUCACUGAUUCAAGAAGCAGCGUAGCAGAUCUGGUUACUGAUGGUCAGAUUGUUGAAAGAGACAAAGCUAAAUCAGACAGACUGAAUAUUACAAAGAACUGUUCUCUGGUUAUAAAGAAGGUCACAGUUCAGGAUGUUGGUGUUUACCUCUGUCGACAGCUCAAACCAGGACAAGAAGCUGCAGACACUCAGAUUGAACUAUCUGUUAUUAACAUGAAGGAACAUGAAGAUGGUGAGAAGGUGACGCUGUCCUGCUCUGUUUCGACACAUGUGUGGUGUACACACACAGUGAAAUGGCUGUAUGAGGGGAUAGAUGCAGAUGGAGCUACAUCACAGUCUAAGUGCUCAGUUACUGUGAUAUUUCCUAUUUCUAAUCUCAAGCAGAAGUCAAAGUAUCAAGAGUUGUUCAAGUGUGAAGUGACAGAUGAUUACACUGGAAAAGUGCUGCUGUUUCCCUUCAUACCUCAGUCCUCAGGUAAGAAACCAGGGGAGGAUGCAACAACAUCAACCACGAGGAGAACAAUUGAAAGUGGCAGAAAACCCAGAAUCACCUCAACAACGCCUGCUGUUAGUGUUACUUCAACAUCGUCACAAGUGUGGUGGCCGUACCUCAUUGCGGUCAUAGGUUUACUGGCUCUCGUAAUCAUCACUGUGGCUGUCAUCAGACGGAAGAUGACUAAAGGGGAGAAACGACGGAUGGAUGACCACGCGGGACAGAGCUUAAACUCGGCGGUGACUCAGCCCGGUCCAGAAACCAGUCAGGACACGGCUGAUCCUGAAGAUGGUGUUUCCUACGCCUCCAUCAGCUACACCAAGAAGACCAACAGCAGAGCCCAGGUACGGGUUAGAAAUGAUGAUGAUGAUGAUGAUGAAGGUGAUUCAGUGACCUACAGCUCUGUGAAAGCUUCCUCCUCUCCUGCCGGAGCCUCUGCUGAUCCCAGCACCCUCUACGCCGCCGUUAUCAGAGCAAACAAAUAAGAGACCACAGCACCAGAGAGACAUUUUAAAGCUUUGGAUAUUCACUGGUGUUUUGGAGUAAAUAUUGGAAUCUUCACCUGUCAGCUUAACUCAUAAUGAACAGAUCCCUAAAAACUUCACCAACCAGGGAAAUCCUCAAAGAUCAGCAAUCUCCAAAGUUUAUUUUCAUAAACCUAUUUCUUUUCAGUAACAAUCCUUUAAGCUGGAAGCUCUGACUGUUGACCACGAUUAGAACUAAACUGUGAUCGUUCUAACUGCUGAACAUGAUUCUGUUGUCCUCUGUUUUCUGUUGUGUUGUUGUUUUUAAAUCAUGCUUUGUAUUUUCUGUGAAAAUAUUUUGUUAACAGAAGG